CUCUCCGCUCGUCUCUUCACACCUAUCACGGCCACCGCUGCUCCUCAACCCCGCACGCUGCUCUCUUCAUCUCAUCCUCUUCGUCCACUUCAAUUUCUACCCAUCCCUUUGGUGUAACCUUCAUCUUCUCCAAGGCCAGUUCUACUGCCUCUCUACGAGACUUGUAGCCACUCGGUACCAUCAAACCGCAUCCAUCCACUUGUCUUCCUUCGCGGCCAGCCCCCCUUUUCCCUCUCUCACUCGCCUCGCCACCACCACCAACACACCCAUCAUGCGACUUCAAGGCCUCGUCGCCCUCCUCGCCUUCACGGCAGUAGGCGUAACAGCGCAGAACAAUUCAUCCACUGCAGCAGCGCCAGCCUCCUCCUCCUCAUCAGCCUCGCGAUCCAGCGCCUCCUCCGCCGCUCCCUCGUCAUCACCGGCAGCCUCUGCCUCAUCCAACUUCACCCUUCCAGGAGGCGCAGCCACGGCUUCUUGGCCUUCUGGUCUCGUACUUCAAUCAUCCGUCCCUUAUGCAUUCCCGCCUACACUCGACGUGUCAAGUUUGGGCGAAGCGACCAUCAACUACCGUCUGACAAACAUGUCCCAGAGCGAGAGGCAGAGCAUCUGUGAUCGUCAGACCAAGUGGUGCGCCACGGCUGGAUGUGAGGAGGCAGGUGCGAAGAUCAACCAGAACUUCUGCAACGUUGAGACCCUCGCAACGCGCUGCACCUGCACACGCGGGUCGGCCGCCCUCUCCCAAUACCAAUGGCCAGUCCAGAUGGCCGACUGCCAGAAUCGAGCCUCUGCCUGCACUCAGUCCUGCUGGAAUCCUGCAGAGACCUCGAUCCAGGAUAGGCAGGCAUGUUUGAAGACGUGCAGCCAGACGUUGAGGGAUAGCUGCUCGACUCCGGGACAGGUGGCGGCGAAUUAUGCUGUUAGCAAGGAGGGACAGAAGCCCAACUAUGAUAUUGUGCAGGGCGGGAGUGCCAGUGGGGCUAUGGGUCUGGUGGCGGGCAAGGGGGUCACUGCCGCUGUUGCGAUCAUGGCUGCGGUUGUGUUGGUCCUGGCGUAAGAGGCGGGGAGAAAGGCCUUAUACCAGAUUCGGCGGAUGGUCAUUGCCCCCCGACCUUCAGCAAGGCAUGAAAGGAGACGCCUGGCUGCCAAUCUUACGGCACACGAAGCUUACACCGUCUUUCCACUCUCGCCCGUUCUUCGUCUUCGAUUCUCGACUCCCUUCUCUUCGUUCUGCGUUGUACUAUCCUUGCUCGGCCAGACGGACUCUUCUGCUACCGUGCUCUCGGCCUCGUUGUCAAAUGCGAUAAUUGUCUCUAUGCUG